UGAUGGAGCAGCAGCAGGGGGAGGGUGCUCCGGGGGGUGUGGUCUCGGGGGUGCGGACCCCUCCCGUAAGGAUGAACAGUAAACUGGCCAGUCUGGGACGGAUCUUUAAACCCUGGAAGUGGAGGAAAAAGAAGCAGCAGAACUCCUCAGCUGUAGAGAGGAAGGCAGCGGUACCAUUGACCCCAGACCAACUGGUUAGGAGGGGCCUGGAGACCCCAGACCAACUGGUUAGGAGGGGCCUGGAGACCCCAGACCAGCUGGUUAGGAGGGGCCUGGAGACCCCAGACCAACUGGUUAGGAGGGGCCUGGAGACCCCAGACCAACUGGUUAGGAGGGGCCUGGAGGGGACUGAGCCAGAGUGUUGUGAGGCGUGUGGGGGGGUAGAGGACCCUCCCAGGCAAUCAGAUGCAGAGGAGGAGGAACCUCUGGCUCCCCUGGCAACCACCUCAGAGGACCUGAUCAGCGACGAAGACAACCCCUCUACAGUGGUGGACCUGACAGAGGAUAUUGUGAUGGUCCCUAGCCAGAGUGAGGAGGGUGGAGAGGAGGAUGCGUCCCUCUGUGAGUCCUGUGUGGACAAUACCCUGGGACAGGCUGAGACAGGAGGGGGACAGGAGACACCCCACCCAAUGGACCCCCCAUCCUGCCGGGCCGGCACCCCGCCACCCCCCAACCGGCCUAAACUACUGACCAGGCUGGGCAGUCUAGAGGGUCCUCACCCUUUCCCUAAGUCGGGUGCUAACCCAGAGAGGAAGAAGUCUCCAGCCACUUUCCCCAGGACCUUCACUCUGCCCAGAACCUCCCCAGACUCCUUGCUGAGAGGACGGAUCACCACGCCUACUGGCUCUCCUCACCUGGGGAUGCUGCACCCCCCACCACCACCCAGCUGCAUCAUUGAGGAGCUCCAUCGCGCCCUGGCCACCAAACACAGACAGCACAGUUUCCAACCAAAGGAGAUACACUCUUCUCCGAAGCGUCGGUCCGACGGUCAUCUGUUGCAUACAGCCAGCGUGGAGAAAGAGCUGUUCGGAGCCUCGGAGAGAGAGAAGGAGAGAGAGAAGGAGAGGGAGAAGGAGAGGGAGAAGGAGAGAGAGAAGGAGAGAGAGAGAGAGUCAGAUGAGAACAAGGAGAACAGACGUCUAGACGAUCCUGACCGUUGGAACGACUCCGUCAUCUCCG